AAUUAAAUGGUGUCGAGCCCCAAGCACGACAGCCUUUCCUGUGUGCAAAUACAGGCUCGACAAAUUCUCAAGAAAUCGCUUCAGUUUUCUACUACUUCCGAUUCCUCCUUUCCCUAUCUCGCUGCCCCUGUCGAUCUCGGUUUCUCGAAAAGUAGGGUCGUCACGGGAAGAUCAACAUUCCGGCAGUCAGCAGAAAUCUAUCGCGCCGAGACAAAUGGAGUCAUGGUCUUCGGCGACGCAGCCCAGGCCACCCGAAAUGUGGGAUUCGAUGCUUCCUGGCCCCGCGAACCGUAGCAAUGGCGGUGCCGCCGACUGCAGCCCUGCUGGGCUUCUUGCCUACGGCGCUGGUAGCUCUGUCGUGGUCGUCGACCCCCGAUCCAUGCAGCUUAUCUCUGUACUCCCUAUGCCCUCCACUUCCAAUCAAUCCUCUGCUUCCAUGACCGCUCUCAACUCUGCCCUCGUCCUCGCCCCCUUCGUCACGUCCGUCCGAUGGAGCUCCCAACCGGUCUCCCGCGAGCUAUCCACCGACGAUGACCCGUCCAACUCCCACCUCCGUCUUGCCGUCGGCGACCGACAGGGCCGCAUCGCUAUCUGGGACUUCCGAUCCCGCUCAAUCGUCCUCUGGUUUGAGCUCGACCACUCCUCUUAUGGAGACCGCCCCAAGCUAGGUAUCCAAGAUCUCUGCUGGGUCAGGUCGGACUCCUGGCUGGUUGCUGCCAUUCAUGGCGCCUCCCUCCUCGUUCUAUGGAACGCAGCCUCCGGUCGCUGCCUCUGGAAGUACGACACAACGCCGGAGUACCUUGUGUGCAUUCGGCGCGAUCCAUUUGACUGGCGGCACUUCUGCGUGCUCGGCCUCCGCGGAUUCUUGCUCUCGGCCAUCGUGCAAGGGGAGGACAAUGGCGACGUGUCUAUUCAGGAACAUCAGAUCCCUGUAGUGCGGGACUCUGUCGAGCUUCAGAAGAAUGAAAGAGAGUCCUCCGCGGGGUCAUCAACUCCGGCAUUGGCAGCCUUCCCCCAGUUCUUUGCGAAGUUGUGUUUCUCUCCGAGAUGGAGGCACGUUGUCAUGGUGACGUUCCCAAAGGAGCUCAUUGUGUUUGAUCUUCAGUACCGGGCGUCGCUGUCCUCUGCUCCGUUACCUCGUGGGUGCAGCAAGUUCAUGGACCUGCUGCCUGAUCCGGACAUUGAUCUACUCUACUGUGUUCAUCUGGAUGGUAAACUCAGCAUAUGGAAGCGCAAAGAAGGAGAACAGGUGCAUAUGCUACAUACAAUGGAAGAAUUAAUGCCCUCCAUUGGCACUUCUAUUCCUUCCCCUGGAGUUCUUACUGUUGUUCUCUGCCAAUCAGAAUCUGCUUUUCAGAAUGUUGGCCAGCUUUGCGCUAAUUCAUCUUUCACAUCUUCAGUUGUCGACUCUUUGCCAUCUUUAAAUUUACUUGGCGGGAUGGAUGUUGUUGCAAGGACGACAGUGAUCUCCAUCUCUGAUGAUGGUAAAAUCUGGAAUUGGCUUCUGACUUCUGAGAAGGCUAGAAGUAUUGGGUUGGCUACCUUAAAUUUGAACAGUACUGCUGAUGCUGUAGAAGGGUCCCUUCUGGAUACACAUUCUGGAACAACUAGUACUUAUUCUACAAAGAUUGGUUUGGUUGGUCAAUUGCAUCUUCUUUCAUCUACUGUGACGACUUUGUCUGUGCCUUCACCUUCUUUACUUGCCACUUUGGCUCGAGGGGGCAACAGUCCUGCACCAGCUGUUCCACUUGUUGCUUUAGGAACACAAAGUGGGACUAUUGAUAUCAUUGAUGUUUCAGCCAAUGCAGUUGCAGCUAGUUUCUCUGCUCACAAUGGCAUUAUCAAGGGAUUGAGAUGGCUUGGGAAUUCUCGCCUUGUAUCGUUCUCAUUUAGCCAGGCAAAUGACAAAACAGGUGGUUAUGUUAAUAAACUGGUUGUUACUUGCCUUAGGAGUGGACUUAAUCGUGCAUUUCGAGUCCACCAAAAGCCAGAACGUGCUCCUAUAAGAGCUCUGAAGGCUUCUUCGUCAGGAAGGUAUCUUCUCAUAUUGUUUCGUGAUGCUCCUGUUGAAGUGUGGGCUAUGACAAAGACUCCUAUCAUGCUUAGAUCAUUAGCCCUUCCAUUUACUGUAAUGGAGUGGACUCUGCCCACUGCACCUCGUCCACCACCUAUACAGUCUUCAUUUUCUUCAAAGUCAUCCAUUGCAACUUCAACAACUAAUGCAUCUUUUAGCGAAUCAAGGAUUACAAGCACAGAUAGUAGUGGUGAUGACCUAUGUGAGAGUUUUGCUUUUGCAUUAGUCAAUGGUGCUCUUGGAGUUUUUGAAGUUCAUGGAAGGAGGAUACGAGAUUUUAGACCGAAGUGGCCUUCAUCUUCAUUUGUUUCGGCAGAUGGGUUAGUAACUGCAAUGGCAUUUCGCCUUCCGCAUGUGGUGAUGGGAGACAGAUUAGGCAACAUACGCUGGUGGGAUGUGACUACUGGUCUUUCUUCUUCAUUCAAUACUCACAGAGAAGGAAUUCGAAGGAUUAAAUUCUCUCCUGUUGUUCCUGGAGAUAGUAGCAGAGGUCGUAUUGCUGUGCUUUUUUAUGACAAUACCUUCUCUGUCUUUGAUCUUGACACAGCAGAUCCAUUAGCCUACUCCCUUUUGCAGCCACAAUCUCCUGGAACCCUUGUUCUUGAACUUGAUUGGCUACCAAUGAGAACAAAGAGAGAUGAACCACUUGUAUUGUGUAUUGCCGGGGCUGAUAGCAGCUUUCGCCUUAUAGAAGUUAGCAUCGAUGAUGUCAAAGCAAAUUCAAGCUCCAAGGCUGUGUUUCUGAAAGAGAGAUUUCGACCAAUGCCACUGUGCUCACCUGUUUUAUUUCCCAUGGCACAUGCUUUGGCACUACGAAUGAUCAUUCAGUCUGGUGUAAAACCCUCUUGGUUCAGUUUGUUUAGUGUAUGUAAGGAUGCUUCACUUGGGAAUAUAGCUGAGACAGAAACAACUGCUGCUGGAGAUCUUCGUGGUUACAUUAUUGAGUCAACAUUACCUUCUGUAGGUGAUGCAGUAGUGCCCGAAUUGCUUUUGAAGGUUUUAGAACCAUAUCGUAGAGAAGGUUGCAUACUUGAUGAUGAACGUGUUCGAUCAUAUGCUUCUCUAGCAAAUAAAGGUUUUGCUGCAAGAUCUGCCUUUGCUGCUGCAAUCUUCGGAGAUUUUUCAGAAGCUCUUUUCUGGUUACAGCUGCCCCGUGCUCUUGCUCAUGCCGUAGAAAAAUCAUCCAAGAAAUCCUCCCAGGAAGCAUCUCAGUUAGCAUCACUUUCAGAUACAGAAAGUAUAGCAAUGUUAAAUAGAAUAACGUCCAGGGAGAAAUCUGCUUCAGGCAGGAGGAGACAAGAGACCACGAAAUUCGGGCAACUAAAUUUGAUGGCCUUCAAGCAACAGGAAUUGAGGGCUGAUGCAAAUGAACGAAUACUAUGGCAUGAGAAGUUAGAUGGAGAAGAAGCAAUCCAGAAGCAAGUACAUGAACUUAUCUCCAUUGGAGACUUGGAAGGUGCUGUUGCUUUGCUACUCUCAACCCCUCCCGAAGGAUCUAAUUUCUAUCCAAAUGCUCUGCGUGCAGUAGCACUAUCUUCGGCCGUGUCAAGAUCUCUGCAUGAGCUUGCUGUGAAGGUUGUUGCAGCCAAUAUGAUUAGGACUGAUAAAUCACUGUCAGGGACUCACCUUCUCUGUGCUGUUGGCAGGCAUCAGGAAGCUUGCUCUCAGUUGCAAGAUGCUGGAUGCUGGAUAGAUGCAGCAACUUUGGCUUCUACACAUUUGCAUGGAUCAGACUAUGCAAGGGUGUUGCUUAGAUGGGCUGACAAUGUUCUCCAUAAUGAACAUAACAUAUGGAGAGCUUUGGUUCUCUAUGUUGCUGCAGGAGCAUUGCAAGAAGCAUUCGCAGCACUCCGUGAUGCAAAGCUUCCAGACACAGCUGCCAUGUUCUUGGUUGCUUGCCAUGAGAUAUACGCACAAAUGCGCUCUGAAUCAGAAUCUUCCCAUGAUCCAUCAGAUGGUAUAGUUGAUAGUAAAAUAAAGUUCAUUUUACCCAGCAAGAAUAUCGACGAUGAUGAUGUGUUUGCCGUUAGCGAGUUUUAUGGCGAGUAUCAACGGAAACUGGUCCAUCUUUGCAUGGACUCUGUGCCGCUCUUCGACUGAAUUUCGGCGAACAUUUAAGGCUAGUUCAUCCCCCUGAAGCACCUUAUUGGA